UUCCAACUGGCGUAGCAGUCCGGCGGCGGGUGCAUGGGAGAGACAGGGAGUAGAAAAAUAAAGCUGGAAAAUACUUCAUGAAUUAAAGGGAUUUGUGCUUUUGUUUGAAGUACUUCAACGUUUUUCUUGCAAAUAACUAUUCAGAAAUGGAAAGUGAACGAUGAGGAGUCUAUGGCCCAGCUACAGCUGACUGACUGAACAUGGCUCAGUUUCCCACGUCCUUCGGAGGGGGUGCGGACACCUGGGUCAUCUCUCUGGACGAGCGAGCCAAACAUGACCAGCAGUUCCACAGCCUCGCGCCCACCCCUGCUGGCUUCAUCACAGGUGACCAGGCCAGGAACUUCUUCCUCCAAUCCGGCCUGCCCCCUCCGAUCCUGGCCCAGAUAUGGGCCUUGGCCGACAUGAACAGCGAUGGGAAGAUGGACAUGCACGAGUUCUCCAUCGCCAUGAAGCUCAUCAAGCUGAAGCUGCAGGGCCACCCGCUGCCGCCCUCGCUACCCCCCUCCAUGAAGCAGCCCCCUCUCAUGACACAGCCCCCUCCUUUCGCGGCCAUGCCACCAGUCCCCCCGAUGCCCGCCCUGCCUCCCGGCGUGCCCUUAGGAGUGCCACCUGGCGUGUCCCCCAUGCCCAUCCCCCCUAUCCCAGGCAUGGGCAUGUCCCCCCCGCUGGUCUCCUCCGUGCCCCCUCCCGUGCCACCUAUGCCCAACGGAGCGCCCGCCAUGAUCCAGCCUAUUACCGGGUUCACCAACCCAGCCUCAGCACUCAACAAAAGCUCUUCUUUUAACCGCUCCAGUGCCAAGCUUCAGAAGGGCCAGUCUUUUGAGACACCCAGUGCCCCUGCGGCGCCCCCUCCCCCAGACUGGGCCGUGCCUCAGUCGUCCCGGCUAAAGUACCGCCAGCUCUUCAACAGCCACGACAAGAUGAUGAGCGGCCACCUGACAGGUCCCCAGGCGCGCACCAUCCUCAUGCAGUCCAGUCUACCGCAGGCUCAACUGGCCACCAUAUGGAACCUCUCGGACAUCGACCAGGACGGGAAGUUGACGGCCGAGGAGUUCAUCCUGGCGAUGCACCUGAUUGACAUGGCCAUGUCAGGCCUGCCUCUUCCUCCACUGCUCCCACCAGACUUCAUUCCUCCCACUUUCAGGAGGGUGCGUUCAGGCAGUGGAGUCUCGGUGACGAGCGUGCAUUCCGUUGACCUGCGCGUACCAGAGGAGCCAGAAGAGGAGGUGAUGUUGCCAGUGACGUUCGAGGACAAGAAGCGGGAGAACUUUGAGCGGGGCAACCUGGAGCUGGAGAAGCGGCGGCAGGCCCUGCUGGAGCAGCAGCGUCAGGAGGCGGAGCGCGUGGCGGCGCUGGAGCGCCAGGAGCUGGAGCGCAAGGAGCGGGAACGCCUGGAGCAGGAGCGCCGCCGCCUGCAGGAGCUGGAGCGCCAGCUGGAGAGGCAGCGCGAGAUGGAGCGCCAGCGCGAGGAGGAGCGCCGCAAGGAGAUCGAGAGGAGAGAGGCUGCCAAGCGUGAGCUGGAACGCCAGCGGCAGCUGGAGUGGGAGCGGAACCGUCGGCAGGAGCUCCUGAACCAGAGGAACCGAGAACAGGAGAACAUCGUUCUACUCAAGGCCCGCAAGAAGACCCUGGAGUUUGAGCUGGAGGCCCUGAGCGAUAAGAAAACACAGCUGGAGGGGAAGCUGCUGGACCUGCGCUCGCGGCUCUCGGGUCAGCGGCAGGAGAUCGAGAACACUAACAAGACCCGCGAGCUCCGCAUCGCCGAGAUCACCACACUACAGCAGCAGCUGCAGGAGUCUCAGCAGUGGCUAGCUCGUCUGAUCCCGGAUAAGCAGUGUCUGAACGACCAGCUCAAACAGGUCCAGCAGAACAGCCUACACAGAGACUCCCUGUCCAACCUGCAGAGGGCGCUGCAGGUGAAGGAGACGGCGCGGCAGCAGCUGAAGGAUCAGCUGGACGAGGUGGAGCAGGAGACGCGCGCCAAACUGCUGGAGAUAGACGCCUUCAACACACAGCUCAAGGAGCUCAGGGAGAUCCACGUCAAGCAGCAGCAGCGGCACAAGCAGAUGGAGCCGCUGGAGGACGACGGCCAGCCCGUCAUCGACGACAGGAAGUCCGUAGAGCUGCCUGAGGCCAGGUUGUCGGGUACAGACGAGGGGGCGUCGUCCCCGGCCCCCACUCCCACGCCGCCUCCGGCGCAGGCGUGGCUGAGCAGCGUGAGCGUGAACGAGGAGGAGGUGACCGUGCGUAAGGACACGCCGGAGAAACUCAGCCAGCUCUUCAUGCCUCCGCCGCAGCCACAGCCAAAACUGCUGGGCCAGGCACCGUGGCCCACGGGAGAUAAGCCCCCUGCAAUGAGUUCCAUCCAGGAUAAGAUGAAAGUGGUCUACUAUCGAGCGCUGUACCCUUUUGAUGCCCGUAGCCAUGAUGAAAUCACCAUCACGCCUGGAGACAUCGUCAUGGUGGACGAGACCCAGACGGGAGAGCCUGGUUGGCUGGGGGGCGAGCUGAAGGGAAAGACCGGCUGGUUCCCCGCCAACUACGCUGAGAAGAUUCCGGAAUCCGAGGUCCCGCCCAGCCUGCGCACCGCGGCGGCCACCUCCGGCCCCGCCCCCAAGCUGCCCGGCACCCGCAUCACGCCCACCACACCCACCACGCCCACGCCCUCCGCCAUCCAGCCCCCGCCCCCUGAGAUGGUCCCUGGCCAAUCAGCAGCUCCCCCUCCCCCUCUUCCUACUCCGGGCGCCGCUGCUGCCGCCGCCUCCUCGUCGUCCUCAGCCUCCGGUAACUGGGCGGAUUUCAGCACGACGUGGCCCUCCAACUCGGUGGACAAGCCUGAUAGUGACGGCUGGGAUGCGUGGCCCUCCCAGGCGGCCCCUGCCACGGCCCCUCCCCCGGUGCCCCAGCCCAGCCUAUCGGUGCCCAGCGGAGGUCCCCUGCGCCAGCGCUCGGCCUUCACCCCCGCCACCCUCAGCGGCUCCUCGCCCUCACCUGUACUGGGACAGGGUGAGAAGGUGGAGGGUCUGCAGGCGCAGGCCCUGUACCCGUGGCGGGCCAAGAAGGACAACCACCUGAACUUCAACAAGAGCGAGGUGAUCACGGUGCUGGAGCAGCAGGACAUGUGGUGGUUCGGCGAGGUGCUGGGCCAGAGGGGCUGGUUCCCCAAGUCCUACGUCAAGCUCAUCUCAGGCCCCGUGCGCAAGUCCGUCAGUAUUGAGUCAGGCUCAUCAGAAAGCCCACCAAGUGUGAAGAGGCCCAGCCCCUCACCCAGCAAACCCCUGGAACUCGGAGAAGAGUACAUAGCCAUGUACACGUAUGAGAGCACGGAACAAGGCGACCUGACGUUCCAGCAGGGGGACGUCAUCACUGUUACCAAGAAGGAAGGCGAUUGGUGGACAGGAGUAGUGGGAGGAAGGACGGGUGUUUUUCCCUCCAACUACGUCAAGCCCAAGGACUCUGAUGCUUUGGCAGCAGCAGGGAAGACGGGGAGUCUGGGGAAGAAGCCAGAGAUUGCACAGGUCAUAGCCCCCUACACAGCCACAGGGGCCGAGCAGCUGACUCUGGCCCCCGGCCAGCUCAUCCUCAUUCGCAAGAAGAACCCUGGAGGCUGGUGGGAGGGGGAGCUGCAGGCGAGGGGGAAGAAGCGACAGAUUGGUUGGUUCCCGGCCAAUUAUGUCAAACUAUUGAGCCCAAGCACCAGUAAGACCACGCCCACGGAGCCGACGCCCCCCAAACUACCCACACCAAGCGCAGUAUGUCAGGUGAUCGGCAUGUAUGACUACACGGCGCAGAAUGACGACGAGCUGCCCUUCGGCAAAGGUCAAAUCAUCAACGUCCUGAGCAGGGAGGACCCCGACUGGUGGAAGGGCGAACUGAACGGCUCCGUGGGCCUCUUCCCCUCCAACUACGUCAAGCUGACCACCGACACCGACCCCAGUCAGCAGUGGUGCGCCGACUUGCACCUCCUGGACAUGUUGACCCCCAUGGAACGCAAGCGGCAGGGCUACAUCCACGAGCUCAUCGUCACCGAGGAGAACUACGUCAACGACCUGCAGCUGGUCACCGAGAUCUUCCAGAAGCCUCUAUUGGAGUCGGAGCUGUUGACGGAGAAGGAGGUGGCCAUGAUCUUCGUCAACUGGAAGGAGCUGAUCAUGUGCAACAUCAAACUGCUCAAGGCUCUGCGCGUGCGGAAGAAGAUGUCGGGCGAGCGCAUGCCGGUCAAGAUGAUCGGGGACAUCCUGACGGCGCAGCUGCCCCACAUGCAGCCCUACAUCCGCUUCUGCAGCUGCCAGCUCAACGGCGCCACGCUCAUCCAGCACAAGACCGACGAGGCGCCCGACUUCAAGGACUUCGUCAAGAGGUUGGCCAUGGACCCGCGGUGUAAAGGGAUGCCCCUCUCCAGCUUCCUGCUCAAGCCCAUGCAGAGGGUCACCCGCUACCCCCUCAUCAUCAAGAAUAUUUUGGAGAACACGCCAGAGAGUCACCCCGACCACAGCCACCUGCGGCAGGCGCUGGAGAAGGCGGAGGAGCUGUGCUCGCAGGUCAACGAGGGCGUCCGGGAGAAGGAGAACUCCGACCGGCUGGAGUGGAUCCAGGCACACGUGCAGUGUGAGGGCCUCUCGGAGCAACUGGUGUUCAACUCGGUGACCAACUGCCUGGGCCCGCGCAAGUUCCUGCACAGCGGCAAGCUCUACAAGGCCAAGAGCAACAAGGAGCUGUACGGCUUCCUGUUCAACGACUUCCUGCUGCUCACCCAGAUCAUCAAGCCGCUGGGCUCGUCCGGCUCCGACAAGGUGUUCAGUGCCAAGUCCCACCUGCAGUAUCGCAUGUACAAGACGCCCAUCUUCCUGAACGAGGUUCUGGUGAAGCUCCCCACUGACCCUUCCGGAGACGAGCCCUUGUUCCACAUCUCGCACAUCGACCGCGUCUACACCAUACGGGCCGAGAGCAUCAAUGAGAGGACGGCGUGGGUGCAGAAGAUUAAGGCAGCCUCUGAACUCUUCAUUGAGACCGAGAAAAAGAAGAGAGAAAAGGCCUACCUAGUUCGCUCCCAGAGGGCCACAGGCAUCGGCAGACUCAUGGUCAACAUUGUUGAAGGGAUUGAACUCAAGCCCUGCCGUUCCCAUGGGAAGAGUAACCCCUACUGUGAGGUGACGAUGGGGUCCCAGUGCCACAUCACCAAGACCCUGCAGGACACACUGAACCCCAAAUGGAACUCCAACUGCCAGUUCUUCAUCAAAGACCUGGAGCAGGACGUGCUGUGUGUCACCGUCUUCGAGAGGGACCAGUUCUCCCCUGACGAUUUCCUGGGCAGGACGGAGAUCCGUCUGGCGGACAUUAAGAAAGACCAGGGCUCCAAGGGGCCCAUCACCAAACGGCUGCUGCUUCACGAAGUCCCUACGGGCGAGAUCGUAGUGCGCCUUGACCUGCAGCUCUUUGAUGAAACCUGAGCAGUCCCAUGCCUCUCAAAUACACACACACACACACACACACACACACACACACACACACACACACACACACACACACACACACACACACACACACACACACACACUACGCCCCUCUUUUCCCACCCUUGGUGUUUUGAAGCCUAGCAGCCUACUGUGACAAUCCCAUCUGCCCUGCUCCAAAAACACACACCAUACUUCAGUGUGUGUGUGUGUGUGUGUGUGUUUGUGUGUGUGUGUUUAUUUGUGCUUGGAAGCAAGUGUGUGUGUGUGUCUCUGCGUGUCUGUGUAAAAGCUGUGACAGUCUUAAUCAGUGAUCUAUUUUUAUGAACAGUUUUAUGUUUUUAAAUCAUGACCAUUAUACACAUGGGGAUGACCAGUGCCGAGGGCCCUGAGUCGGCUGAGGUAGCCUGAGAGGAAAUAAGACUCUAGUAUUUAUCAGCUUCAUCUCUCUUUCUCUCUCUCUCUUUCUCCCCCUCCCUCCCUCUCUCUCUCUCUCUCUCUCUCUCUCUCUCUCUUUCACAUGGCUGCAGCUGUUUCUUCAGUAGUUUCGCUAAAAAGAAUUUUAAAAACAAAACACUAUUCAUAAUAUGUGGCCUAAAUAUCAGUAGGACUGAUUACAGCAUUAAAGGCCAAUUUCAAUCAAAAGACUCCUGGAGGGGUGAGGCUUGACAGAGGAGGAAGUUAAAAGUGCAUCAGCGUGCAGAAGGGGGAGAGUAGGAGGAGAGCCUGUGUGUAAGGCUGUGUGUGUGUGUGUGUUUACCUCCGAGAGGCCCUCACACUGCACACGUACAGUACAUCAGCGUGUAAAAGGGGAGAGUAGGAGGGAGAGACUGUGUGUCUGUGUAAAGUAGCUGGUUCUUUUCUCCUCUUAGUUACAGUGUCAAAAGCUCUGUCUCCAGGUUGUGGACUCGUGUCACACACUGUGUCUGGCGCCGGCCGUCUGGACGGUCAUCUAGCACAGACAAGGCUGUCGGUGCACAUACUGUAUAUUUUUAGUGGAGCAGAAAACCUUCAAACACAUCCUUUAUGAGCCAAAAGCCAGUAUCCUCAGUCAGUAAGCAGUAGAUUCAUUCCAGCCACAGCUAUUAGCGACGUAGUUCCAUUUAUUUUUUUUUCCUGUUUUUUUUUUUUUUUUUCUACGUUUUUCAAGUUGUUGGUUUAGGUACAACACAUCCAAGGCAUCAGGCAGAUAUGAUAUGAUAUAUAGACAUGCUGUAAAACUGCAUUACGCAUUUUUGUGUUGAUCAGUUAUUGUUUUCUUGAAUAUACAUUUGGUCUUUAAGUAUUUGCACCUUCAGCAGUGCGGAUUAGGUUAGCAUUAACGUCAUCUGUCGUACUGCGAUGUUGACCCUCUCACAGAGCUAUCGGCACUCUACCCCACAACAUGUCAAGAUAAGUCCAAUAUGGUUGAUCAUAAGCAAACAACUCCCAUUCCAAUCCACCGUUAAACAUUGUGUGCCAUGCGAGAUCUCAAAGGAUGUCCAAAUGUACAGUAUGCAAAUGACCUGUUGAGAAAGUGCUCCUUGAUUUUAGUUCAGGAGGUCAGGAUGAUCUCAGACUGACCAAGAUUUGUUUAUUUUGUUUCGUUUUAAUCUUAAUUUAUAAAUUAUUUAUUGGAUUGACGCGGGUUUGAGACCAGGUCCCGUAUGUGAAUGUAAACAGGGUGAUGAUGACGGAGGUGAGAUGGGAGGUACUGUAGGCCUACUCAAGUGAAGUUUUGAUACAUGAAGACCAAGUAGCAAUAUUUGAAGCCUUGUUCGAGCAUCUUAAGUAUAAAGAAUGGGGAGUGCACAGAGAAAUCUUUAAAUACAUGAGAAAAAAAAAACACUCCAUUCUGCUGCAUUCCAAGUAGUCUCAUAAUAUUCUACCUUGACGCACUCCUAAAGGUGUCUAAAGUGGUCAAGGGUCUGUAAGGACGAUUUCGCAUUGCGUAUGUAUAUAAAGGAGAUACAUGAGAGAGCUACUGUAUGAGUGACCACGGAUGAGAGCCAGGGACUAAGUGACCUGGGAUUGGAUGAAGUUUUUGUCAUGCCUAACCCUGAUGCGCUCUUCUCAAUCAUUCAUAUCCAACCGGUUGGAAACAUGUACUGUAUAUUUGUUUUUUUGAUUUGUUGUUUUUUUUCCAUACAUCAAAAAAGGUAACUAUUUAAUAUAGAGUGCUAUAUUUAUGAUGGGUAUGAGUGACAUUGGUCAUGAUUGUGGAGGACCACUUUUGUAAAUGUGCAUUGUUGAUUUCGAAGGGUGCCCCCCCUCUCCCCCCCCCCCCCCCCCCACGGAAUUGUGCUUUGGGUGGGGAUACUAGUGUGGCUAACACUGUACAGUAGUUGUAUAUGUUUGUAAAGAGCAACUGUUUUGAGGUCAGCCUUCCAAAUCAGUUUUUGAAUUUGUUUUCAUCCAUAAGACAAGUAAGUAGCUGACAGAUGAGUAGUGGUACUGAGAUAUGCUGUUAGGAGUCUUUUUAGUACAAAUGUGAACUGAUGCUGGAUUUAAAAAAAAAAAAAGGUCACUUAACAUUUAAAAAAAAAAAAAAAAAAAAGAAUGAAACAGAGUUGGUCAAAAGGGAAAUGCUGACUUGUGAUGUUGUAUGUUUGUGUAUCUGGUCUCUCUCACAAGGAAGAAGCGUAUUCCUAAUUACCGCCCAGACAGUUUCCUUGAAUUGACCAGUCUUAGGGCAGCUCUGCUGAAAGGCGGAGUCAGGACUAAGGGGACAGACCCUUGUGAAAUGACCUGCCUGGGGAAGAGAAGCUGGGUUGUUUUUUCUCUUGUAGCAGCUCUGUACAUGUUUGUAUGGUGCGUUGUUUGAGAUGAAUAGUUAUAGAAUAGAAACCCUAUGGUUUCUUCUCACUCUGUGUGUGUGUGUGUGUGUGUGUGUGUGUGUGUGUGUGUGUGUGUGUGUGAGAGAGAGAGAGAGAAAUUCCAUGUGGUAUGUAAGAGUAUGACUUCAUGUCACAAGCCCUACAGAUGAAUAGUAGGUCCCAAGGCUGCUUGACCAGUACCCAACACCCUGACCCUUGACCCUUGACCCUUGCUGUUCCCAUGGCGCUCAGUUCUGUACAGUCCAAAGCAGUUGGCUUGCCCUUUUUUUUUCUUUCCUUUUUUCGAUUUUUUAAAGGAUCAAGCAGUCUUACUGAAUCAAUGCGCAGGAAGUGUCCAUGUUACAAGCUCUGAAGGAAGUAUAAUAUAUUACUACUUGAACAUGAAUUAUGUUGAUGACAAUGUAUUGUUAUCAAUGUAGGAGCAGUGUAUUGUCUUAAAUGUUACCAAUAAAUCUCAAUUGGACCAAA